CUGCCGUUUCAGGUGAUUCGCAUUUUUCUGGGAUUAUGCACGGCUGUACGUCAUUUACAUAGGCUUGGAUAUGUACAUCGCGACUUGAAGGUAGCAAACGUUCUUCGAGCUGACGAUGGAACACCGAUGUUGACAGAUUUCGGCUCAGCAACGAAGGUACCAAUUCGUAUCGAUUCUGCGCGCCAGCAGCAGCGUGCAGUCGAUGAAGCGGCAGAGUUAUGCUCAAUGCCUUAUCGUGCACCAGAACUGUUCAACUGUCAAAUCGGUUCCGUCAUCACGGAAUCUGCCGACCUGUGGUCUCUUGGAUGUUGUCUCUACGCGCUGUGCUUUUUUGUAUCGCCCUUCGAUCUCGUCUACGAAAAAGGGAACAGCGUUGCGUUGGCUGCACAAAGUCCCGAGAAGAUACAGUAUCCCGACGUGAAGCAGUUUGAUGGUCAACUGAUCAACGUGAUGCGUGCGCUUCUCGUUGUGGAUCCGGUCCGGCGCAUGUCCAUAGAAGAAGCCACCAAUGUGGUAGGAUCAAUAGUAACGAAAAGUAGGGACAAUAGCGGUCAGAACACUAUGGCUGUAUAG